AUGAGCAGGUGUUUAACGCGACGCAAAAUGGGCUCAAAAGUAUCAACCCACGGGGAAAAGUGCUACGACCACCGUGACCCCACGCUUAUGUUUGUGGACGAAGAGGACCAACUGGACUUUUUGUGCGAAGGUUUCCACUCCCCCAGAGCCCAGAUGUCCUGCGGUCACGCGGUGACCCCGACGUCUUUGACCAACUGGUGCCGGAAACAGUUGGAGCAGGGGGAAAGCAGGUUUGUGUGCGGCGCCUUUGGCUGUGGGGCUGAGUGGAUGUACGCGGAGGUCAGCAGAAUGGGCCUCCUGACCCCUGAGGAGAGGCAGUACUUUGAAAAAACGAUGGCUCGCAACUCCACCGAGACCAGACCGUGUCCUGGCUGCAGGACCCCGGUGGCCCGGGCGGGGGGCCCCGGCCUGAGGGUGCGCUGCGGGGCGUGCACGGCCACCAGGGGGCGCCCCUACGACUUCUGCUGGCAGUGCGGCAGGGAGUGGAGGGACCCCCAACCCCCCCACCCCCCCCAACGCCCCCCCCACCUGGGACCAGACCGGUGCCCGAACCCCGGCUGCCUGAACCCGUCCCUGGAGACGCUGUCCACCUGUCCGGACGUGGUUUUGGGGUGCGUGCGGGGGGGCGGGGGGGGGUGCCCCUCCAUCCGGGCGUGCCCCACCUGCGGCUGCCUCCUGGAGCACGGCAACAACAACUGCAAGCACCUGCUGUGCCCGCGCUGCCGGACAAAGUUCUGCUUCCUGUGCCUCAGGCUCUACGCCGAGUGCAGCCGGACCAGCAGCAUCACGGGGCCCUGCGCCUCCGGGGCGGCCCCCAGACAGACCCGCAUCCCCCACUGGGAGGAGAAGUGA